AUGACAAGUGGUUUGACAGUCAGUGAAUCCGGUGAUCGAAUCCAAGAAUUCGAUUUGCAUUGGCCUGUACGGGAACGGGACGAGAAUACAGGGCCGGGUAAUGAAAAUGAAUGGGGCGGUCGGGGCAGGGAAUCCCUUGCGAGUGUUUUACUGAAACUGACGUUUUGUGUGACAGUGUUUGUGGUGUUUGACAACUGGCCGACCGGUUGUGAGGCCCGCAAAAAAUCCAAACCCCCUCUCAUUGAGGAGAGACCGCAUAAACACCACCACAACGACAGACUUACUCAUUGUCCUUUCGGUAAUGAGACCCACGAAGUCGGCGCCCAUUGGAAACCCAAUCUACAGCCGUUUGGUGUCUAUUAUUGUAUUCGUUGUGAAUGUAUUUCUGUACAGAGAAAGAACCGCAAUGUGGCGAAAGUCAGGUGCAAGAACUUGAAGAACGACUGCCCAAAGCCCACAUGUGAUGAUCCGGUCCUUCUGCCCGAAAGGUGUUGCAAGACAUGCCCCGGAGAUGAGGAAUUUGCAGAAUCGACGGCUAAACCAGAUUUAAAUAAGACAUUAGCAGUGGAACAGCCGUCCAAUCAAACCAAUAGUGAGACUCCGGACGAGUCGUCGACACCGAAGCCCUUGUCAUCGGAGACGGCAGUCGUCGGCGGCGACGAUGAGAGCGGAGUGCAAAAGAAGUCACAGAACGACCAGAACUCGCAAAACAAUUUGAUCGGAGAGCCGACCCAUAAGUGCUAUUAUGAGGCGAAGAUAUAUGAAGAGGGAUCGCAAUGGAAGACAGAGCGCGACGACUGCGAGAUGUGCUUCUGUCAGCUAUAA